GCCGAAAACUGUCGGCCCGCGGUCGCCCGCCGUGCACAAGCAGCACAACUCACUCCCGGACGGUGGGUUUUCCGCGUCUUCCGGUGCAUCUUGCAGUUUAACAGCACCGAUAUCCUAUGCAUGCAUAUGUAUCCCGUUCGUGUUGAUCACGGCUCAAACUCCCGAAGCCCUCCGGGCUUUUUGUUGUCCCAGAUUGCUCCUCUCCUUCCCGUCCUCCGCCCCUUUCCUCCUCCUUACUGUGUGUAGCUCGUCGUCGCCGUGUAGACCAAUCUCUUUCUGUCAAACAACCUUCAACUCUCGCUUCUCACCGUAGUACCAACUACGAUCCACAGCCAACAUGGUUACCCUCGAGCAGAUGCGGUCCUCCAACGCCCGCAUCCCGGAAGCUCUCCCGGCGGGCAUGGUAGCCGUCUUCGCCGGCGGCACUAGUGGCAUUGGCGAGGCCACCAUGAAGUUGUUCGCCAAGCACGCCGUCCAGCCGCGUAUCUACUUCAUCGGCCGGUCGGAGCGGGCCGCUGUGCGCAUCAUUGAGGAACUCACGACCAUCAACCCAGCGGGUCAAUAUCACUACAUCCAAGCCGACCUGUCCCUGCUGCAAAACGUGGACGAGGUCUGUCACGACAUCAAGAGCCAUGAAUCUCUCAUCAACCUGCUCUUUCUCACACCCGGCACCAUGGUGACGGGCAGAGACACCCCUGAAAACCUCUACUACCCCACGGCAGUAACCUACUACGCACGCAUCCGCCUAAUCUCCAACCUCCUCCCCCUCCUCCAAAAAGCGCCCUCCCUCCGGCGCGUCGUCUCCGUAUUCGGCGGCACCAAAGAAGGCCCCGUCUGCAUCGGCGACCUGCAAGGCCGCGCCCUCGCCCUCCCCCCGCGCAUCACCACCACCACCACCACAGAAACCAACUCCAAAACCCCCAGCCCCCCAACCUCCCCCACCAAACCCAAGCCCAACCCGGCCCACCUCCUCCAGCUGCGCGCGCACACCAGCACCAUGAUGACGCUGGCGCUCGAAUCCCUCGCCCUCGAGGCCCCCGACGUCAGCUUCGUGCACUCCUUCCCCGGCUUCGUGCGCACGCACGCCGGCCGCGAGGUGCGCGCCGCGAGCGCCGUCGGGCUCGUCCAGACCGUGCUCAACAAGGUCGUCGGGCCGAUGGUCACCGUGCCGCUGGCGGAGGCCGGGGAGAGGCAGCUGUAUGCCGCGACGAGUGGCCGGUUUCCGGCGAGAUGUGGCUGUGGCGGGCCGGGGGUGGGGGGUGUGGUGGUUACGGCUGGGGUGGGGUUGAAAGAUGGGGAGGGGGUGGGUGUGGCGAGGGGGAGUGAUGCGCGGGUGGGGGGUGGGGUGUAUUCGGUUAGUUUUGAUGCGGAGCCGCAGAGUGUGAAGGUGGAGGAGGCGGUGCAGCGGUUGAGGGAUGAGGAUUUGGUGAGGAGGUUGUGGUUGCAUACCGUGGGGGAGUUUGUGAGGGUGACGGGGACGGAGUUUGUGUAAUACUGUCUAGGGUGGGUUGACGACAUCAUGAUUCGGCUGGGAAGGGGAUUGGGAAACGAACGGCUUUUGCUUGGGCUCGUUCUUUUGUUUCAUUUCUUGCCUUGCGUACGGGUAGGGUUUAUCUUGGGGAUUCAUCUUGGGGAUUCGGCGUUGCUGGGUCAGAUGCUCUGGAUCCCACAUAUUCAUUUGUGAAUAGUUGUUUGAUAGUCCGGCUUUUUUGCUCAACUCUACUGACAUACAAAAUAUGUACUCGACGAUGAUGCUUCUGCCUCACUCCUCGGGGUUUCACAAGAUGUUGAGACAGUGUCCGGGAAAGAUCAAGUACCUACCCAGUUAAAUGAAUACCUAUUCACCUCACG